GGCACACCAUUUUGUUUGCUAUCCCGUGUCGAGUGUAUUGAAAAUUUAAAAUAUCUGUAAUCGUGCGGCGUUUUACGCGUUAAUUAAGCAAAUGGACAACAUCGAGAGACUUUAUAAAUGUUACGAACUAUUGUCUGAGGCGGGCGAUAAAAUAACCGAGCAUGUUGAGGAAUACAAGGAAAUAUUACAAGCCGUAAAGGGUACAUCAAAAGAGAAACGUUUGGCGUCACAAUUUAUUGGAAACUUUUUCAAGUACUUCCCAGAUUUGGCAGAUACAGCCAUAGAUGCUAUAUUCGAUCUAUGUGAAGACGAUGAUACACAGAUUCGAAGACAAGCAAUUAAAGAUCUGCCUAAGCUAUGUCAGGGCAACGCUGACGCCACCGUGCGCGUGGGUGACACGCUGGCCCAGCUGUUAGUUCUUGACGAUCCCGCUGAGCUGCAGCAGGUUAACAAUUCACUGCAGGCUAUCAUUAAGUUGGACACAAAGAGCGCCGUAACAGGACUAUUUCAGCAAAUCACUACUGGAGAUGAGCCCACAAGGGAGCGCUGUUUCAAAUUUAUUGCCACAAAGUUGCUGACUAUGGGACCCACAUUGAUUACUAAAGAAAUUGAAGAUUUUAUUGUUGAUGAAAUCAAGAAGGCAUUGCAGGAUGUUACUGCCGACGAAUUUCAUUUAUGUAUGACGAUACUGGGAGCCACUAAGCUUGGAACCACCGUGACUGGGCACGCCGAACUCGUCAAACUAGCAACGGAGCAGGCUGAGCUGAACUCUGCUGAAGCGGACAGUGUAGUCAUUGACGAGGAGACUGUAGAGCGUUUUAUACAAUGUGCGACAGCUGCUGCGCCUUAUUUUUCGAAAACUAUAAAAUCGACGCAGUUUGUCACCUAUGUUUGCGAUAAACUGUUGCCUACUAACGCCUGGCAUAUUAUAGCAUCAUCAGUAUCACAAGAUCAAAUUCAGUUGCGAUUACUAAAAGUUUUUGCCGAAAUGGUACCCAACAUCGACAAGCUGGAAAAUGCUAGUGAGCGCAUCGAUGCAGUUUACAAUGUACUUUUGGAGUAUAUGCCAUUGCCAAAAUUAAAUGAAGAAGAUUUGGGCGACUCUCCGCCCUCUUUCCAAUUCUCGCAUGCCGAAUGCUUGCUCUACGCUCUGCAUACACUAGGGAAAAAACAUCCAAACAAUUUGUCGUUCGUAGAAGAUGCCGAGAAGCUAAAAGAUUUUCGUUCCCGAUUGCAAUAUCUAGCGCGCGGAACACAGGGGUACAUCAAAAAGCUAGAGGAAGCUCUCAAGGGUAAAAAGGGAGAGGAACUUAAAACAGAGGAGAAUCAAUUAAAGCAGACAGCAUUAAAGACUACAUCAAAUAUCAAUCAGUUGAUACGCGAUCUAUUUCAUUCACCACCAAUAUUUAAGCAUGAUAUUGUACUCUCUUGGGUUGUGCCGAAGGACAAACUUGGUAAACGUCAUGCGCCGAUUUCAUUUGGGGACAAGAACGCCGCUACCAAUGGAAAUAAGGAUCAGGAUGAGAAGAAGCAGCGCCCAUCAAAUGACCAGAAAUUCUAUUCCCCACCUUCCGGUAAAUAUUCCGCGAAAGUAAAUCAAGGGUAUGGUAAUAAUCGGACGCGGGCACGUUAUUCUGGCGGCGGUGGAGGCGGCGGCGGAGGCGGCAACUUUAGAAAUCGACGCUUUAAUAGAUACUAAAUGUGACCAUAACUCUUAAAUAUCCGCCAACGAACGGCUACUGUCUUGUCACAUACACAGCAAUGUUUGUUGUCCUAGUUCCUAAACAACAACAAAGUCAUCAGAGAUUAUGAAUAAAAGCAGAAACGUCUGUAUCACAAAACUCUACGAAGGCUUUGAGCCACCACUUCAAGAAUUUCAAAAUUCGCCAGUUGGUGGGUGAGUAUUAUGUACAUUUUUUGAAGUAAUUUUUCCCCGUUUUUAUUUAAUUUCAGCUGCAAAUAUCUAAGUAAAUAAAAAUUUUGUACAUUUCGUCAUUACCCUUUUAUACACAAACAAGUUCUUCGUAUGUGAAACAUGUUUGCAAUUUUGCGCAUACAAUUCUAAAACAACUUCGGGUCAACACAUUUAUCAUUGUCGUCACACUUGUCCAUAAAAUACGACGUGUAUGUUGUUUUAGAAUAUGCAGGCGUUAAAAUUUUAUGAUCGAUAUUAUAGUAAACCAAUUAUACUUACAUAGAAUUUAAUCUUAAAUAUUUGCAAAUAACCAUGGCAAACCAAACGUAAACUCAAAUGAAGUAAAAGCAUAUGCUCCAGAAA